UGCAUAUUUUUACGAUAUCGAAUUAUUAGAACAAGCAAUAUUUAAAAAUCUUUUUUUGCCGUACUAUAGUAAAAUGCGAUUCCAAUUCUUCAGGAUAUCUCAGACCUUGAAAGAUGUUGCAAGUUGGUAAAGUUGUAUUUGUACUCGAACAGUAUCAACGAAAUACCAAACAUGUCGAACAGUACGGAAUUGAAAUUAUUGUCGCUAUCUGGAAACAAAAUUUCUCAUCUCGAGGUGAAUUAUGAAUAGAUCUUCAUCCGGUUGUAGCUGGAUGAUAGAAUUUGAAAACUGAUACGUAAUUGUGUUUUUAGAAUUUCAACAGUAUGCCAAAGCUGCGAGAAUUAUACUUGGCAAAUAAUAGAAUAAAAAAGAUUGGAGAUAGCUUUUUGCAAAGUCCACGUUUGACCGUCAUGAAUUUAGCUGGAAAUACUUUAUAUCAGUUACAGGUAUGAAAUUCCUCUCCGUAAACAUUAGAUUAUUUUGGUGGAAGGUAUUGUAAUUAAUAGUGAAAUAAUUUUUAUUCCAUCUUGCUGAAACAGGAUAUUCAGAAUCUUUCCUUCCUCCCGAGUCUACAGUCCGUCGUUUUUGCUGAUCCAAUGUACGGCGAGUGUCCACUAGUCUCGUUGUCAGCCUACCGAUAUUUUGUCAUAAACUAUCUGCCUACCUUGAAUGAAUUGGAUCACUACCGGAUCACCAGCGAGGAACGUUCUUACGUAACGGAAUUUUUCAAGUACCCACAUUUUGUAGAUUUCAUUCCAUAAAUCUGGCUUGUGGUAUUAGAUCAGUACACAUUCAAAAUAUUGUCCUGAGUAAAAUAAUGUUUUAUAACAUGCUGUGGCACAAGUAUUUGGACAAUUUCGCAAAGUCUCUUAAGGAACGUCUCACGGAGAGCAAGCAGCGAAUCCGAGAGUAUCGAGAAGAUAUUUACAUCGCUAAGCUGAGACAGCUACGGGUUGGGUCUUACAAAUUGAACACAUCGUAAAAAUUUGCGAAAUAAUAUUCAAAAAAAUAUCUGUAAUUUCAUAUUUUAUUGUCACAGUAGAUUACUAGAAAUAACGAGGUUCCCGCGAUAUCAAGAGAGUUGCUAUCCCAUGAGAUUUUGCGAGAGAUAUACUCUGAUGUUGACGCCUAUGACGCUUUGAAGGAACAAUGGAUAAAGAAUGCCAAAAUUAAGUUUGAAAUGCUGCAGCGACAAUUGAGCUUAACAGUCCAGCAUUGUGGCAAUAUGAACUUCACCCAGUACAUGCCAGGUGCAGGAAAUGCACUUGUUCAGAUAUGUCAGGACAUAUGCAAUGAUUCGCUUUGUCCCACUGUGAAACAGUAAGUACAGUAUAAUCGAAAAAACUGACAAUGACCGACAACGUCAAUUAGCUGAAACACAAAUACUCAGUAUUAAAAAUGCUGUAAGGAAGAGUUAAAAUCUAUUUGAAUCAUUAAAUUGGUUAUGACCACAAUUACUUUGACAAUUUCAGGGAUCUAGGAAUAAUAGGUGUCCACGUUCAUUGUGUUACAAAAGUUGUUAAUAACACAAACGACGCUCUGCGCUUGUGUAAUUACUUCAAUGAAAGUACGACGGAUGAGGAACAGUCGUCGGACUCUGUAUUUACAUUUUUAGUGAAACCUGUCGAGGUUGUGGGGUUUGAAAAGUGGCCUUUCGAUGUCUUUGAACAAGAGUUCUUUGAUGAGGUAACUCGUCAACUUUUCGUACUAUACGAAAGCUGUCGGAUGUGUGUAAAAAGGAUUCGCUGUUUGUUGCCAGUGACACAUAGAAUUUGGUGUUCGCAAAUGUAAUGUCGUGUCGUAUACGAAAUUGAAUGGAAUGAUUUUCUCUUGGUAGAGAGAAAUAAUAACCAGCGAUUGCCUUGCCGCUGCUGAUGCUGAAUGGGCAGCCAGAAUUUCUUCGAAGCAAAAGUCUUCAAUUGAUCCAUUAUAUUCACCCAAUGAACACCGAAUAGCAAUCCUCGUUCAGCUGCCACUCUCUGUGCUGACGACGAAGUAAUAGUUCAAUUUUCAUUCAUGCUCACCGCAUUUAGCACAUAUUAGAAUACUAGACGGGAAGUCUGUAUAAUCGUUACUAAUGUGCCAUUUGCUAAAUAUCCUGUAAGGGUCGAAAAACAGGACAAUUAUCACAGGAUGCAUUUGGGGUUUAACGAGGAUACUUGUCGGUGUCUGUCCAUUGUAAAUCCCGAACAUGCGAAGCCUGUUUUUGCCGUGGAGUAUGAAUACAUCUUUGAGGUAUUGUCGUUCGAGUACAUUGUCUUUGUUAUUAGCAUUCAACUGUUAUAUUGCAGGCUAAUUUUCACUCGCUAGAGAUAUUGCUUACAUAUUUCCUUUCCGCAUAGAAUGGAUCUGAAAAGUACAUGUCCAAGAAACCUCGCCGUGAAGUGGUCCGAUCAAAUCCAACGAAUACUUGGCCAAUUUUAGACUUUGCAAAUUUACUCAAGUGUCUGAGUUUGAUGGAACUUGAUAUUUGCAAACUGCAAAUUAUUGACCUCUGUGGUCAUGGUAUCUAUAAACUUGGUGCUAUGACUGAUUUGCCAAACUUGAGAGAACUAAAUCUCAGCUACAACAAACUAACUGCGAUACCAGACUCGUCUAUGCUGAAAAGUGUCAGAAAAUUAGACGUCAGUUUUAAUGAAAUUCAAUCAUUUGGGAUGGACACAUGUUUACCAUUGCUGGAAAGCUUGAACGCUGCAUGGAACAGUCUUUUCGGAUUUAUCGAGUCCUUGGAAUCUCUUAAAACUAUCGCUCCAAAUUUGAUUACUCUCAAUGUCAAGCACAACCCAUUCAACGACGUCAUUACAACAGAAGCCACGUCUUCACUAGCGCAGGCCGCUAUACCGUCAUUAAAGUAUUUUAACGAGAAGACGUUUUGUCAUACUACUCAUGCAGGACAUAUCAAUCAACAUCCUUGGAUAAUCGACCAUUUUGAAAUGGCAGACUGGGCCAAGUUGAGAGUCAUCAAGCAUAAUCUGGAGGGUGUCAUUUCGGAACCUAAUAAACGUUUGACCUCACCGUUACUAAUUAAUAACACACAAUUGGAAAACGUUCAGUAUGCCAACUUGGUAGACAAUCAGUUGAGUGGCGUGGAAUUCAUUACAGAAUUUCAACAACUAAAAGAGAUUUAUUUGGCGAAUAAUCUGUUGACAAAAAUUUUACUCGACAAGUCUGCAAACAAUUUGACUAAGCUGAGUCUCUGCUGCAACUUUGUCGUGAAAAUGGAUGGGAUAAUACAGGAAAAUCUUCCAGUCUUGAAUUACCUCGACUUGUCCAAUAACCUGAUUACUUCAUUGACUUCAAUGGGUGUUUUUUACACUUUGACCGAAUUUUACUGCUCUCAUAAUAAUAUCAGUACACUUUCCCAAAUAUGUAAUCUGAAGAAUUGGAUUGGGCUCAAGAUUGUAGACAUCUCAAAUAAUCCAAUUGAUUGCACGAGUUUAUGCAAGAAGUUUAUAAUAUUCCACAUAUCCAAGGUCGAAGUAAGAUGAUCGACACUCAAUAGUUUCUCCGUAUAAAAACCUGCUAUUCAAAUUGACUGUUCGUGACCAGUUUUGAUUAUUUUCAUUGCAUUGCGGCAU